CCUAUUGCUAACUAUCAGAUAAACAGAGCUGUUUUGAAUAUGGUAUGUUAAGAGUGGCUGUCAACAGUAUCAGUUCUCAGAAAUUUGCUUGCAACUUACAGAGGAACUAGGUGUUAAAAUAUUUGGUCAAUAGCUCUGUCUGCAUUUGUCUUAUGAGAAAACAACCCAGCAGCAGAAGUACGAAUCUGAAGCAUUGAAAACGGCAUUUUGAGGCUUACAUUGUGAGAACUUUACUUCCUAUUUAGUUCUAACAAGACAUAAUGGAUUCUACUACAGAAGCAGAUUACGACUACAGUAAUUUUGAAAAUGAUCUUAAAAAUCACGCAAUAAACAUUUCUGUGGAUUUACCUGUUGGAUACUGCAAGGAAGCAGCAUGUGUAAUCACAGUUAUUCUUAAUGUGAUCAUAUUCCUUCUUGGCAUCGUUGGAAAUGGUGCGGUGAUCUGGAUUACUGGUUUUAAGAUGAAGAAGUCAGUGAACACCACCUGGUACCUGAGCCUGGCUUUGUCUGACUUCAUUUUCUGCGCUACUCUCCCUUUCAUCAUUAGCAGAAUAGCUACGGACAACUGGAUCUUUGGGCUCUUUAUGUGCAAAUUCGCCUCUUUUGUUAUGACCAUCAAUAUGUACAGCAGCAUUUUCAUCCUGGUCAUCAUUAGUGUGGAUCGCUGCAUCACAGUCAAGUUUCCUGUCUGGGCCCAGAAUCAACGCACUAUAAAGAAAGCUUCUUUAGUUGUUAUGAUGGUUUGGUUUGUGUCUGCUUUGCUUAGCAUUCCACCUGCCAAAUUUAGAGAUAUUACACAUGACUCACGUACGGUCAAAUGUUAUACCAACUAUAAAGAUCACCACAGUACCGUUGUGUUCACACGUUUUACUUUUGGGUUUUUAAUUCCGUUCCUGACCAUUUCCACCUGUUACUCCGUCCUGAUCUGUAAACUUAAAGCAAACCAAAUGUCCAAAUCAUCCAAGCCGUACAAGAUCAUGACAUUACUGAUUACAACUUUUUUUGUCUGUUGGUUGCCAUUUCACAUUACAUCUAUUCUAGAGGUGGGCAAAACUGAGCAUGAUCCUGUCUUUCACACGGCCCUACAAAUAUCUGCAGCCCUUGCCACUGCAAACAGCUUUAUAAACCCAUUCCUCUAUGCAUUCAUGGCCAAGGAUUUGAAGAAGAAAUGCUAUUCCUUCCUGUCAAAGAUUGAGAGCGCCAUUGAUGAGGAGACCCGGAGCGCUUUCCAAAGAACUUCCAUUACCAAUUCUGUGGAUAACAGACUUUCCACUGCUGUCUGAAAUUCAAUUCUUGGACAAAAGAUAUUUUAGUAACACUUUACAAUAAGGUUUGAUUAGUUCACAUUAGUUAACUACUUUAAUUAACAUGAACUAAGAAUGAACAACAUUUCUACAGCAUUUAUUAAUCGUAGUUAAUGUUAAUUUCAACGUUUACUAUUACAUUAUUAAAAUAAAAACAUUAGUUAAUACACUGUGAACUAGCAUGAACAAACAAUGAAUGACAGUAUUUUUAUUACUUUAACAAAGAUGAAUAAAUACUGUAACAAAUGUAUUUCUCAUUGUUAGAUCAUGUUAGUUAAUACAUUUACUAAUGUUAACAAAUGAGACCUUAUUGUAAAGUGUUACCGAUAUUUCUCUUUAUUCUCAUCUAAGUCGGACUAGAGAAUGCUGGCCUGGAAAAGACUGAAUAUUAACAAGUUGUACAAUUGUUUGUUGCAUGUAACACAGCUGAAACGUCUAGAAUAAAUCAUUAUAAAUAAGCUACUUUCUACAAAAGUUUUGUAUAUUAAAACACCAUUUUGCUUGAUGAUUUUUGCAGAAUUCUAUGAUAACUAUUAAAUUUUUACUUUUUUUUUACCUA